UAAGUAAUGUCAUUCAAACAUUCCCGAACUAUUCGAAAAGAAGUCGAUCAAGGCAAUCAGCGUAGGCACCGCUGAGGCAAUAUAAAGUAAAAUGGCACACAAAAGCAUUUAUUAUUCUGACAAAUAUACAGACGACACUUAUGAAUACAGACAUGUUGUGUUGCCAAAGGAAAUUGCCAAGCUUGUUCCAAAGCAUUUGAUGUCCGAGACAGAGUGGAGAGGUUUGGGGGUGCAGCAGAGCCAGGGCUGGAUACAUUACAUGAAACACGAACCAGAACCUCACAUUCUCCUGUUUCGGAGAGGCCUCCCGAUGAUGCAGACUAACAACUGUUCAUGAUCCAGAUACAAAUGUACACUAGACAGAGUAAUCAUCGCCACGAUCACAACCAUCCCUCAUUACACACCAUACCUCAUUGUCCAUCUCUUGGGCGUCCUUCCUGAAGAAACCUUGCUGCACACAGACCUUAAUAUUAGUGUUUUUCAGAUCUACAAAUUAUUGAGAUCUUAAAUAUCAAGUGAACAAAGGAGACAGUUCUGGUUAUAUCAUGUGAACAGUUUGAUGAUGUUCAUUUGUUCAAUUACAUUAUUUAAAAAAAAUGUGUGUUCUUUUGGAAUCUUCAAAUUUAAAUUUUAAGAUAUUCAUUAUUGAAAAGUGUAUUAUUAAAAGGUAAAGUUCUCAAAUCCAUCUUCAUAUGAUACUGAAUCAAAAAUAUCAUAUUUGUAGUUAACAAUUAGACUUAGCUUGUGAUGGAUAGAUAUAUUGUAAAUAAUAUAAGUGUAUUCUUGAUACCUUGUGAUUCAAAUCAAUAUUGUGUGCUGCAGGGGUAAGAGUUGUGUGAAAGGAUAGUAUGGCCAUGCUAGGCACUGAUUGGGAUGUUUCUGAAAGCUAAACAAAUAUUCAAUUUAUGUGAUAAAACUAUUUUGAGAGCAGUAAAGAUUACCCAUAAUUAUACAAUAAUGAUAUAUUCAAAAGUGUACAUGUAUAUCUAUUAAUAGUGAACUGAGAUUGUACAUGAACUGUUUAUAAUCAUAUUGCAGAUGAACAUUUUUGAAUAUUUUGCUCUCAGUGAAUUUCAUUUAUUGGUUACGCAGUUAUUUGAAAAGGUAAGAGAUCUAGAAUAAUUUCAUGGCAUAAAGAGAAUGGAAUCAUAUCAAAAUGAAAUUAUCUGUGAUGUAGAUUUUUGGGGAAAAAAAUAUCUUAAAUAUUUUUUUUUAUUCUGGAGUUGAUUAAAUUUGCACAUUACGUCUUUAAACUAACUCUUACAAAAUUCCUGGCUGAUAAAGGCCAUGAGAAGAAGUGAGUUAUAUUGUUAGCAAGUAAAAUGUGUUCUGAUGAAUACAAUGAUUUGCCUCUGUGGUUCUAGAUACAUAGACAGGAUUUUGUGUUGGUAUAUCAUAUUGGCUAAUAAUAGAACAUUGGAAUCCAAAUAUGUAUUCUAAUUCCAAUGGCCGUGUUGUAAUAUAUAGGCCACAGUAGGAGUUUAAAGCCUUGUGAGUCGGGCUGAUACAUGUAUUUAGAUGAAUGCAAGUAAAAGUUGCAGUUGCUUUAAGUAUUCACGUGUGGAUGCACAUGUGAUUAAAGGGUUAUGUGCAAAUAGGUUGUUUCUAGUUAAUGUAGAUAACUUGUAUUGUGCUACUGUAUAUAAACAAGUUAUUCUUAGGUAAAUGUACCGGUACGUUAAAUUACUUAUGAGCUACUGCAGGAGAAACAAAGUACAACACCAAAGUUCACAUGGUGAUGUUAACAAAUUAUGAAAAGCUUAGUCAAUAUUACACUGUUUUGAGAGAAUCUAGUAUGAAUUGUCCCUAUAGCCUAUAUAUUUGCAGACAAUCUGCAGUAAAACAUGAACUACGUUUAUGAAGAUUUUACAGUAAGCAUGAAAGUAAAUUUGCUAUUGAGUAAACUAGCACGUUUCCUUUUUACUGUGUUGAAAGGAAACUGCCAGGUAGUUUUGUGUACAUGUUGUGAAAUACAAGUCUUGGCAUACAUAUAUCUGAAUCUUUUAAUAGCUAUAGUCAACCAAAUUGUUUUUCUCAGCAAAAUGCAAAAUUCCAUUUUUGAAAUGUGGGAGAACUGGAGAAGUAGUAUUUGAUGACUAUGGAUUUCAAUCUUGAAGUGACCAACCAAAACAUUACCAGGUUGAGGAGCUGCCAGGCCAAUAUUUAUGAUUUGUUUUCCACAGCUGGCAUUGCUAACAUUAUCUUUGCUUAUCAAGUUUAAGUUGUUUAAAAUCAUUUAUGAAUUAUGAUUAUGCUGUGUUGGCCAUUUCUUGUAUUGACACUGAUCAUACACAACAGUUAAUGUGGGUGUGAAAAUCAUUGUUUUUUGAAAUUUUAUAGCCAAAUAUUGUCUUGUUAACUCCUGAUGUUAAUGCCAAGUUGAAGGAGACGAUGUAUGCUAUUAUAUGUUACAGAUAAGUGGUUAUUAGUAUGGUCAUAAUUUUCCUGUUUAUUUCAUCAUUGUUCAGGUUUUUUCUCUCCUUCCUUAAUCUGUCUUUAUCUUUUAUUUUAACUUUAUACAUUCAUUUGAUCAAUUCACAUGAGAAUUAAACUUUGGUAAGAUAUUUUGUUUUAGUUUGAAAAUUAAUUUGUGAAUUUAAAUUAAUGGCAGUGUGAAUUCGAGACCAGUUAAAUUGCCAUCAAAUACCUAAAAACAACCCAUACCUUUGUAAGUAGAAUUAAAUUAAAUCUAAAUACAUGUACCUGUAAUGUUCUGUAUUGCUGGUGUUACCAAUACUCGUUUGUUCAAUUGAAUGAUUCUAUUACUAUCUUCUUCCUCUCGUUUCUGGUAUCUCUCUGUAAAUAAUACUUUUUUUUCCUGCUUGAACAUUUUGAAUUUGACAAAUAAAUUUUGAUAUACA